GGUCGCUGCUUGCGCUCUAUUGUGAUAUGAAAAAGUGUUAUGUGGGUAACAACCUUUGCAAAAUUGUAAUAGCCUGCAAAUACAACACCUUUCAGAAAAGUGACACUUUUUGUUGUUAGCGUGCCAGCUAUUUUGCUAACUGUAGAAAGCAUCGACGACCGCAGGCUCAGCUAACGUGAACGCCUACCUUCAAAUAUUUAUUUUAAAACAUAUAGCACAGCUUUAAACUUAGCUAGCACGAGGUAUAAUAGUUGGUUGCACUCAACAAAUAUAAAUGCCUGAGUUUGCAAGCUGGACCUGCAUGUAGCUAGCUACUGGCUUGUGCGUCCGUCUGUGUCUUAGUACCGGGAAUGCAGCCCCCGCUCCCACCUGACACAGUCCGAGAGCUUGUGCGGUUUUGCCUGCACAGAGACCCGGUGGCAGCUGACCUACGCUGCAGCCUGUUUGUAGCCGCUGCCUUGAGCUACAAGCGGGACUCUGUGCUUCGACCUUUUCCGCCGCGAUAUGUCAACGGGGACAGCAAAGACUUUGAGGCCCUGCUGACAGAUGUGAGUUCCUUGCCCGGGGUGAGGGAGUUGGUGCGCCAGGGGCCUGGAGAGGGGGAGCAGCACCUGGCUUUGAUGCACUGGGUCCUCUCCUCCAGGAACUUUGCUGUGAAGACACUGCAGAAAGAGGAGUAUGCUCGCAUUCGGGAGCUGACAGAGUGUGAGGGGGCAUCACCGCCUGUCCCGGACUUCCUGUUUGAGCUGGAGUACUGUGAGCAGAUGAACGCCCGGUUCGAGAAGACCAGAGGAGAGCGGGAUCUCCUCUAUGCCUUCCAUGGCAGCCGCCUGGAGAACUUCCACUCCAUCAUUCACAAUGGCCUGCACUGCCACCUGAAUAAGACUUCGUUAUUUGGUGAAGGCACUUACCUGACUAGUGACCUCAGCAUGGCUGUCCUCUACAGUCCCCAUGGCAACGGGUGGCGGGAGAGUCUUCUGGGACCAUUGCUAAGCUGCAUCGCUGUGUGUGAGGUCAUCGAUCACCCGGAUGUGAAGUGUCAAGUGAAGAAGAAAGAUUCUGAGGGCAUUGACCGUCACAGGGCGAGGGCGAGGAACAGCGAAGGGGGCGAGGUCCCUCAGAAAUACUUUGUGGUCACCAACAAUCAGCUCCUCCGAGUCAAGUACCUGCUGGUGUACUCCCAAAAACAGCACCGCACCAGACACACCCGAGGGACGUCCUGGCUGGUCCGACAUCACUUUGCCAUCAUGAUGAGCCUGUACCUGCUGCUGCUUAUCCUCAUCGGUGCCUUCAACUCCACCACCUUCCAGUCCUUCUGGCACAGACUGUUUCGCUGAGGGGAGGCCGGGCACAGGUCUCUCUCGCUCCCCGCCCAAAGUGCCUUCUCUAACGCUCGGCUGGACAAUCACACGGGAGACGCGCAGCUCCGUCCUUCAGCUGGAACGGAAGGAAGUCUCCCACACCUUAUUUCCUUUCUUUCUUUUGUCUCUUUUAAAAAGAAUAUAAUUACAAUAUUUCAUAUUUUUGUACACAUAUCGGUUGUUGGGAUUGGCUGCUCAACGGGCUAUAACUGCUUGCUCUGUUCAUGCUUCAAGUGAUGAGUAUUUUUAUUUUUCUGCAGUUUGUUUCUCCUGUUUCAUAAGGAGUGGAAAGCUCACUAAAGUAUGAACUGAGAUUCAUAUCAAUCUCCUCUGAAAUUGUGCUUUUGGAUAACCUUGUGUCUCCUGCUUUUUGCCUAGAUCAAGAUCAAGGCCUAGAUUUCGGUUCAGAUCAAUGAUAAAUGGCAGACAGGAAGAUUGUGAGUUAUUGGCAGUGUGCCGUAAAAUGCCAUAGCGCUGGUCCUUCCUUGGCCCCGCCCCAAGGGAUAACUACAACCCUAUCCCUAAAGUUUUUUUUUUUUACAUUCCAGUCCUCGCUCUUUAAUGUAGGUCCAAUCCCAGGUUGUUGCUUAGUUACACUGUACAUUACAGUGGCCUUAUACCUGUGAAAUUAUAGUAUAUGCAAAUAAGUAUUCUGCAAGUACACUUCCUUACACUACCUGGUAAUGUCACAUGAGCAAUGUCAUGCUUACAAAUUCUUGCAUAUGUAGCUGAAAGGCCAAUCUAGUGUAAAAUGUGACCACUUAAUUCAUGUUGCCGAGUCAUCGUUUCUGCCAGUGACACCAUCGUGUGGUGAUAUAACUAAGUUUUUGCCCCUGAUCCUUGCUGUGAUGAUACGCUGGUGUCAUGGAAGCCACAAUACACAUUUUGUUUGCUUUCAUCUCUAAACCUUGUCAAAUUUUGAGCUGUCAUGCACUUCACCUGUAGGGAAGGGCAAUGAGAACUCCAUGUACAGCGCUAUAUCCUGCCCCCGCCAACCCCCUCCCCCGCAAAAAAAACAAAAGUUUGGCCAUGGUUGCUGAAAUGUAUUCAGUCAUGCCUUGUGUACAGAAGUGUGUCAUUCACCCUUUCACUUGCACUCUACCUCCAGAUGGCACCUGCAGAUGUCUUUUUUCACUAUUUUAAAUGUAUUGAGUUUGGGGCACGACUCCAGUAAGUCUCUGGAUUUUCUUCAACACAUAUGAAAACUUAUUUUGUUUUUAAAUAUAAUUUAAAUUAAAUCAGAGUGUUUUCUUUAAAUAAUAUAGUGUAAUAACACCCACAAAUACAAAAUGUCUUGGUGACCAGAGGAUUUAUAAUUUGGCAUUUAGGACCUUUCUGUGCUUUUUAUGCUUCUAUGCAAAUACAGGUACUGUAUCUUUUACUCUUAUCACCUAAAAACAGUAAAUCAUAGGUUAGCAAUUUGAAUAUUGUUUCUCUUUUGCUGUUUUGAAGACAUGGUGAGUUUCCAGCAAUUCUCAAGCAUUCAGUCUAAUGACAAUGUGUUGUCCUUCACAUUCACUAAAUUUAAGCAAAUAGUUUUUUAAUUCUUGCAAAGUGUUCUUUGUUACUGGCAAGCUAGCUGUAAAAAAUGGAAUGUCUCUCUAGCGAAGUAAAAGUACAUGUGCAGUAUA